AUGGCGGAGGCCGCCGCUGCCGCCCCUCGCCGCCACCGCCGUCGCCGCGGGCCCCGUGCUUCCCCCAACCCGCUCUUCACCCGCUGGCUCCGGGAGUGGCGGGACGAGGCCACCGGAACGCGGGCAAAAGGCGUCUACGAGCGGGCGCUGCGCUCCCUCGCCCGGUACCCGCUGCGGCUCCGCUCCGGGAAGGCGGCCGCCAUCUUGAAGAACUUCGGCCCCGCCCUCUGCCGCCGGCUCGAUCUGCGCCUGCGCCAGCACCGCGCAGAGCAAGGCCACGCCCCCACACCCCCCGCAGAGAGGAGGAGCCCGGAGAGCCCUUUGGCUCCACCCACGCGUUGCCCCCCCCGUGAGUACCGGCCCCUCCCCCGCUCAGGGGCACGAGCGCUGCUGCUGACGCUGCACAAGAGCUCAGAGCCCCUCCCAGAGGCGGAGCUUCUGCGUCAGGCCCAGCCCCUCUGUGACCGGCCCCUGACCCUGGGAGCACCCAAGGGAGCCCUGGGCACCCUCCUGCGACGGGACCUGCUGCAGCGCAAUGGCCGCCCCCCCCGGUACUCGCUGACCCCACGUGGUCACAUUCUGGCCCAGCGAUUGGCUGCUUCUGCCUCAGAAGCCCCGCCUCCAUCCGAAGACCAUCUCCCUCCUCCCUCCCCACCGCCUGGCUCUGAUAUCGAGUUUGAGCUGAAACCUGGUGAAUUUGACAUCAUUCUCUGCGCUGACGUCACCGAGGCCAAUGGGCCGGUGCCGUCGUUGCUGCGGGGUCGGGUACCCCUGAGCCUGCGCAGACUCCACGUGGGAGACUUCCUCUGGGUGGCCCGCGAGAGAGCCCCGCCCACAGGGCGCCCCCCAAGGGAGCUGGUGCUGGACGUGGUGGUGGAGCGGAAAUCGGCCUCGGACCUGGCGAGCAGCCUCAGCGAUGGGAGGUACCGGGAGCAGAAGUUCCGCCUGGGCCGCUGCGGCCUGCGCCAGCCCAUUUACCUGCUGGAGGAGCCGGAGAAGGGGGAGCCCCUGAGCCUGCCCCUGCCCACCCUGCGCCAGGCGGCCGUCAGCACCCAGGUUGUGGACGGUUUCUUUGUGAAGCGCACGGGGGGACCCCAGGAAUCGGCCACGUUCCUGCGGGUGCUGGGGGAGCAGCUGCAGCAGCGCUAUGGGGGCCGGGUGCUGCGGGCGUGGGGGGGGGACGUGACCGGACGGGGCCCCCCCGAGCCCCCGGGGACCCCCUGCUCCCUCCUGCGCUUCCAGGGCCUGCGGGCGGCGGGGGGCAAGAACCAGCCACAGACCGUGGGGGACGUCUUCGCCCGGCAACUGCUGCAGCUCGGGGGGCUCAGCGGGGGGAGGGCGGCCGCCAUCCUGCAGCGCUUCCCCACCCCUGCCAGCCUCAUGGCCGCCUACAGCGCCUGCCCCGAGCCCCUGCAGCGCGAGGCCCUGCUCAGCACCAUCCCCUGUGGACCCCUGCAGAGGAACCUGGGCCCCUCCCUCAGCAGGUCCCUGGCUCAGCUCUACAGCACCCCAGGACCCCUGCCCUGAGGGCAGCACCUUCCUGUGCCCCCCAUCA